AUGGCCAACCAUCUCAGACCAUUGUUCAUUACUGCAAACUUUGGAAGAAUUCCUAUUCCCAAAGUGAUGGUAGAUGGGGGUGUAGUGAUCAAUCUGUUAUCUCACAAACUUUUGGCCAAAAUGGGCCUCAUUGGCAAUUUUGCUGGAGGCAUCACCAAGACUCAUGGAAUACUAGAUGUGGAUGUCAUAGUAGGAACCAAGAUGCUAAAAAUUGCUUUCUUUGUGGCAGACACCACUUCCACCACUCACAAUGUACUUGGCAGGGACUGGAUUCACCAGAGCCUAUGUGUUCCUUCCACUCUACAUCAACAACUGGCCCAUUGGCAUGAAGAGGGCUUCAUGGAAAUAGUAAAGGCUGAUCCACGGCCAUUUCUACCUACUACAAUGUGUUUUGAGGCCAGGUAUUAUCAUGAUGGCCUUGGUCCUUUCAAAUUCUUUGGAGUCAACCAGAACGGCCGCCCCCAUGGUGUCACAGCCCAGAGACUUAUUGAGAAAGGUCUAGCCAACUCUCUAGAGGACUGGAAUAGACCUCUUGUUAUGAACCUCUAG